CUUGUCAAGAUCAUCAGAAAAAGGUGCGUUGGUGGAGUGCAGUUUAUAUUUAGUUGUUUCAAAUAUAUUCCAGUCGUUCCUCAAAAUUAAUUAAUGAUUAGAACAUUUAGGUCAAUAGAAUUUGUUAAUCACAAUUGAAGAUGGCGUCAGAAAAUGUAUUGCUAAAGAACAGAUCCUCUGAUGUGAAAGUGCAAAUAGUUUCUACUCAAGUCAAGAAAUUAACCAAUCUACCUCAAAGGCCCAAGGUAGAUCUAUCUUUUUCGGAUCUAACAUAUAAGGUGAAACAAGGAAAGGAGGAAAAAAUCAUCCUUAAAAAUGUCAGUGGAAGAUUGCGAUCCGGCGAGCUAUGCGCUAUUAUGGGGCCCUCUGGUGCCGGAAAAUCCACCCUACUCAAUAUCCUCACUGGAUACAAAACAGACGGAAUGGGUGGACAAAUAUUGAUGAAUGACAGUGAGAGAGACCUGAGUCAGUUCAGUAAGUUGUCGGCAUAUAUCAUGCAAGAUAACCAGCUCCAUGCCAAUUUGACUGUGGAUGAAGCUAUGGAAGUUGCUGCCAAACUCAAAAUCGGCAAUAAAGAUCAAUAUGAACGGGAAACAAUCAUAACUGAAAUUUUGGACACCCUCGGCUUAUUGGAUCACAGAAGGACCAUGACCAGCGGGUUAUCUGGGGGUCAAAAAAAGAGGUUGUCCAUCGCCUUGGAACUCGUCAGCAAUCCUCCGAUCAUGUUUUUUGACGAACCGACCAGUGGACUGGAUUCCUCGUCUUGCUUUCAAUGCAUAUCUUUGCUGAAAAAUCUGGCUAAAGGGGGCCGAACGAUAAUCUGUACCAUCCACCAGCCGUCCGCACGACUCUUCGAGAUGUUCGACCAGCUGUACACCCUGUCCGAUGGGCAGUGCGUCUACCAGGGCUCCACCACGCAGCUGGUGCCCUUCCUGGGCUCGCUCGACCUCCAGUGCCCCUCCUAUCACAAUCCGGCCUCCUACAUCAUCGAGGUGGCGUGCGGGGAAUAUGGGGACCAUACGAGGAAGCUCGUCCAUGCCAUAGACAACGGCAAAAACGACAUACGAGAUGGCCACGCGUUCCCCACCUUCGAAGCGCUGAACAACGCGAACAACGCGAAUGGCAGCAUAGACACUGUGGUGCAACAACUCAGAAAAGGAUCCGACAACGACGUCCCCAACAACAGAAACUUGAACCUGAACCAGGGCGUUAAUGAUCGCCAGGUUGUCAAGUCGGUGGACAUUUCAGACAUCGAGAAGGCGAAUGUGGAUUCGGCUUUGCUCGAUUAUUCGGCGCAUUGGAAGCAGCCGAGAUACGGGAACUCGGAGCUGCAGCAGUUCUUUAUCAUCCUGCGAAGGGCGUUGCUUUUCAGCAGGAGGGAUUGGACGUUGAUGUACUUGCGUUUGUUCGCCCAUUUGCUGGUUGGCUUCUUGAUCGGGGCUCUCUAUUUCAAAAUCGGCAACGAUGGCUCGAAGGUGCUCAGCAACUUGGGUUUCCUCUUCUUCAACAUGUUGUUCCUGAUGUACACCUCCAUGACGAUAACGAUUCUCUCUUUCCCGCUGGAGAUGCCCGUCCUUUUAAAAGAACACUUCAAUCGGUGGUACUCGCUGAGGUCCUACUAUUUGGCUAUAACGUUGUCUGAUAUGCCAUUUCAGACUGUUUUCUGUGUGAUUUACGUGACAAUUGUAUACUUUAUGACAUCUCAACCGCCCGACCUAGAAAGAUAUGGGAUGUUUUUGUUGGCUUGUCUUCUAGUUUCUUUCGUGGCACAGAGUGUGGGUCUAGUGGUUGGAGCAGCAAUGAAUGUGCAAAACGGCGUUUUCCUGGCGCCCGUGAUGUCGGUGCCGUUCCUCCUCUUCUCCGGCUUCUUCGUCUCCUUCGACGCCAUCCCGAUCUACCUGCGCUGGAUCACGUACCUCUCUUACAUCCGGUACGGCUUCGAGGGCACCGCCUUGGCCACCUACGGCUUCGACCGGCUGAAGCUCGACUGCUUCAUCAAGUACUGCCACUUCAAGAAGCCGAAAACCACGCUCGAAGAGUUGGAUAUGGUCAAUUCGAGCUAUCUAGUGGAUAUCGUGGCGCUGGUCUUAAUCUUCUUCUUUCUGAGAAUAUCGGCGUUCUUGUUCUUGAAGUGGAAGCUGAAGCUGAACCGUUGAGCGUGGUGUAAGCAGUUGCUUCAAAACCAAGAAAAAUGGAUCGGAAUUUGUUUUUCACAAAUUUUUCAUGAUUGCCGAAAAUUCAUCACAAAUUUUCUUGACAGGUUGUCAUUAUUUGUUUAACUAGUUUUAUUUUUAUUAGUUGAUGUAUUAUUGUUUAGCAAAGUAUAAGUAUCCUAUGGUCUGGUUAUGGAAUAAAUAGAUUAUAUUAUUAUAGGUGUAAGAUUAAAAAUAUAUAUCUUUACC